GGGAGACCGUGCACCAUGGAAUACCGUUGGUUCUAUAGCGUGCUGAAGGAGUUCUGGAGCAGGUAUGGGCUACAGAAGGAAAGCCCAGAGAACAUGUCUAACCACAGGAAGAUACAAAAGGCAGUCAGAGACAGAGACAGGCUAUCGACCAUGGAGCUGCUCCCUGAUGACGACUGCCAGGCUGUCUGGAACCAGAUCUUCCACAAAGACCGAAGAAAAGACAACAGAGACAUGAACUGACUCAUAACUCACGGUGUACUCCCAGUGAAGGCAUGGAAGCACAGAGCGAGAUAAGAGUCUAGAUCCAGCUGCCCCACAGCAAACUGCCAAGAUGAGAGCGAGAACAUUGACCACCUCUUUUGACUCUGCCCUUGUGCCAAGGGAGUGUGGAAAAAGCUAAGCUGGCUCCUUGAGUAAGUGACAGGAGUCAGGCUGAUGACAAGGGAGGUGGCGCUGUACGGACACCUGACUAAACAUAAGGGGUCCCAGACAGCCCGCUUAAACCAGUUUGGGUCCUGCAUCAGGAGCACCCUGUGGCAAUGCAGGAACCUCCUAAUGUACAGUCACAUUAAGCUUGAGCAAAUGGACUGUGUUAAAAUGUUUCUGAGUGAACUCCAGCCCUACUACCAGAAAGCGAUGGCAGAGGAUGUAGAGGAUGCAGCCAACUCCACCUGGAAAAGGGACGCGUGGCACAGGGUGUUCAAAGUCCCCCUGGGAAGGGAAGUGGACAGGGAGAAUAAAGGGGACAACGACACAACUGGACCUGGAGACAACGAGGAAGACAAUGACAGGAUCAGCAGUAGGACAGGUGACAGCAUGCUUAGCUGGCUCGAGAAGGUUGUGCCUCAGCCUCCUGAGACUGCCCAUGUCCCAGGAGAAAAGGAUGAAAAAAAAGAGGAACCCAAGGUAGUGAUUGUGGAACCCCAGUCUGCAAAGGUGGAGCAGCCACCAAAAAGAGCCACCAAAGCAGCAGAACCUCCCAAAAGCAAAGGCACAGAAGGAGUAGAGAAGAAAGUAGAACCUGCCAUGACCCAUGACCCAGGACCACCACCAGCAUCUGCAGUGGAAAGCACUGGAGGAACUGUCCUCUCCUGGCUGUCUCAGGGGCUGGAAAAGUUUGUUCCUCAACCAGCAGAAAGGCUGCAGAGCCUUGGGAGGAGCUUUGAGACCAGUUUGGAUAUCCUUCAGCAGCCUGAAGUCCCACCUGUCCAGCAGCUGGAUGUUGUCGUACAAGAGCCUCCUGCACCCAAACCAGAGGAAAAGGAGCCUCAAGAUUCUAAAGAGUUGCAAUCCAGCUCAAAGCAAAUGUUUGGGAGCGGAGUCAUUAACUGGCUGGUGCAGGGUUUUGAGAAAAUGGUACCUCAGCCAGAGAAAAAGCCUGAGGUCUGUGCUCAGCAGCCCAUUUUAUAUCAACCUGCAAACAGCUGUCAGGAAGCAAAGGAAAAGAAGCCUGAGGAGACUGCCAAAAUAGAAGAACCAAAGCUGGAGCCUAAACUGGAACUGAAGCUGGAGCCCCCACCAAAAGAGAGUGCCAGUGAAUCUUUAACUACACUAGAGGCAACUGCAGCUAGCCAGCUGGGGCUUGGAGUCUCUUUUUUCCCUCGGGCUCUAGGCAGUGAUGGUAGUAGGAUGCUUGACUGGUUUGUUCAGGAACUGGAGAAGAUGGUUCCACAGCCUGUGAUCAAGCAAGCUGAUUCGGAAGGAGAAGUGGUAACUGCGUGCCCAGUGGAGGAGAUUUGUAUCCUCCCCGAGGAGCAGGGAGAGACCAAACUUGUCAUUGAAGACAUUGAAUCCAAUGAAGUUCUAGAAGAGGUGAAACCUUGCGAUACCGAGAUGGAACUUAAACUGUCUUCUGCUCCUCUCCCUUCAAUAGAAGAGGAAACUCAGGAGGAAGAAGAGAGGGAUGUCUGUGGUGACUGGUAUGUGUGUCCAGCCCCAGAGGUACCUGCAGCUCAGCGGUUGCAGACAUCCUAUUUCCAGAAUGAUAGUGACGAGGAAGAAACCAAGACUGCAAAAUUCCUGCCUCACUCUUGUAUUAUUUUUAAUGAGGACGUGGGUGAGCAUUCUUUUGCAGUAGCUGCUCCAGAUGGUUACCAUAUAGAAGAAGAACAAGUGAUUGAAUUCAGUGCUGCUGCUCCAGACGUUUGCCAGCCAGAAGAUGACCAGCCAAUUGAGUUCAGUGAUGCUCCAGAUGUUUACCAGAUAGAAGAAGAGCAAGUGACUGAGGUCAAAGACCCAUUGAUAAAGGUGGAAGAAGUGCAAGCAGAACCUGAAUCGGAGCCUGCUGGAAAAGAUACUGAAGAGCCAUCGUCGAUUGCCUACCCCAUUGUCAGCAUCAAGGAUGUGGAUGCCCAAGGUGAGGCUCCAGCAGAAGAGACAAGUCACCCUCCUCUGCAGCUACCCUCUGAUAAUGUAUCCCAAAUGCUCACUGUACCCAGCCGGACAGGAUCUAGUAGGAAGAAGCACGAAUCCCAUGAUGACACCCUGGAGGAGCUCACUUUUACCUCUCCACUGCCAUCCCCAUCCAGAGACUGGCAAGGAAGUAUGCCAGAUCACAUGGGUUCACCAACCAGCCAGAGCAGUGCAAUCAUCAAUGACCGGCUGCAGGAGCUAGUGAAGCUCUUUAAGGACAGGACUGAAAAAGUGAAGGAGAAGCUGAUUGACCCAGAUGUUUCUUCUGAAGAUGAAAGCCCCGUGGCAUCCCCUGCCAAGAAAAAGCCUCCAGAACCACUUCCCCCACCCCCUGCUGAAUUAAAACCUGAAGCUGCGAAAGUUGAAGAGGAGGAGCAUUACUGUGAGAUGCUUUGCUGCAAAUUCAAACGCCGUCCCUGGUUUGACACCUUGAAGAAUUACCAGUUCCCAAGUAGCAUAGACCCUCUCACCAAUCUGAUGUACGUGCUGUGGCUGUUCUUUGUUGUAAUGGCCUGGAAUUGGAACUGCUGGCUGAUUCCAGUCCGUUGUACCUUUCCAUACCAGACACCAGAUAACAUCCAUUACUGGCUUCUUAUGGACUAUCUCUGUGACCUCAUCUACCUUCUAGACAUCCUUGUCUUUCAAGUCCGCCUACAGUUUGUCAGAGGAGGAGACAUCAUUUGUGAUAAAAAGGACAUGAGAGAAAACUACAUGAAAACUGAACGCUUCAAGAUGGACUUGAUCUCCCUCAUUCCUCUGGAUAUAUUUUACUUCAAAGUUGGUGUAAAUUCCCUCUUACGUUUGCCUCGCUGUUUAAAGUACAUGGCUUUCUUCGAGUUUAACAAUCGACUUGAAGCUAUUCUGAGCAAGGCAUAUAUUUACAGAGUGAUAAGGACCACAGCCUAUUUACUCUACUGCUUACACGUGAACUCUUGUCUAUACUACUGGGCAUCGGCAUUUGAAGGGCUGGGUUCUACACACUGGGUGUAUGAUGGGGAAGGAAACAGUUAUAUCCGUUGUUACUACUGGGCUGUCAAGACCCUGAUUACUAUUGGAGGCCUCCCAGACCCUCGAACUCUGUUUGAAAUAGUCUUCCAGCUUGUGAACUACUUCACGGGAGUCUUUGCCUUCUCUGUUAUGAUAGGUCAGAUGAGAGAUGUAGUUGGUGCUGCUACAGCAGGACAAACCUAUUAUCGGAGUUGCAUGGACAGUACCAUUAAGUACAUGAACUUCUACAGAAUUCCCAAAGUUGUUCAGAACCGGGUCAAAACAUGGUAUGAUUACACAUGGCAGUCACAAGGCAUGCUAGAUGAAACCGAGCUGUUGGUGCAGUUACCUGAAAAGAUGAGGCUGGAUAUUGCCAUUGAUGUGAACUAUGCUAUAGUCAGUAAGGUGGCGCUCUUCCAGGGCUGUGACCGGCAGAUGAUUUUUGACAUGCUGAAGAGACUCAAGUCUGUUGUUUACUUACCUCAUGACUACGUAUGUAAGAAGGGGGAAAUUGGCCGAGAGAUGUAUAUUAUACAGGCUGGACAGGUGCAGGUGCUUGGAGGACCCGAUGGCAAAACUGUGCUUGUGACACUGAAACCUGGGUCGGUGUUUGGAGAAAUCAGCUUGCUGGCAGUAGGAGGUGGAAAUCGCCGCACAGCAAAUGUUGUGGCUCAUGGAUUCGCUAAUCUUUUCAUUCUGGAUAAGAAGGACUUGAGUGAAAUUUUGGUGCAUUAUCCUGACUCAGAGAAGCUUCUGCGUAAGAAAGCAAAGAAAAUGCUGAAAAACAACAAUAAACGGAAAGAUGAAAAAGGAAUUCCCAAAGAGACGCUCAUCAUUCCUCCAAGACCUGGGACACCUAAACUCUUCCAAGCGGCUCUGGCAGCUGCAGGAAAGAUGGCAAGAAAAGGAAAGCUUGCCCACAUCAGGUGGAAACUGAAAGAGCUGAAAGCAAUGCAGGAAAUGCAGGAGGCGGCUUCCGCUCCAGUUCCACCAAAAUCACCAAUGCAUCAUCGAUCCCCGUUGGCCUCCCGCCGCAAGUCAGAAGAACAACAAACUGAGGAAGUUGUCACUGUGACAGGAGAUGAUUCAGUCUCUUUCCGCAUGACACCUGCCCCACAAAGUGGGGAACAGAUUCUCACUGUUGAGGUUGUAGAGCCGGAAGAAAAGAAAUGAAAAAAGCAAAUGAUUCUCUCUCUCCUAGAAAACUGCUGCCAUGUAUUUCAGCCCAGCCGAUGUGUCAGAUAGAAAAAGGUUUCUGUACAAUGGCUAGAGGCUUUGCUAACUAAGCUAAUUUGAUAGGCUCUGCCUUUCUUGUGUACUUAGCCCACAACAGUACUGUUGAUGAAGCUCUGCCACAUAAUCUAGAAGGGUACACAGCUUCUGCCCUCCAGAAAUCAAAUUUUCUUUAACUCCUUUAUAAGCAUUCCCAGUAAAUACCAUGCCAACCCUCUUGCCUCCAAAUGCAGCCUUACAGUGAGGGAGCCUUGCAGUAAUGAAUACUAGCUUUUUACAGCUCUGAAUGGAUCGAAAGUGUCUACUUACAGUAGACAUCACUGCUGCCACUUCAGAUAGUCACUGUUAUUUUUUAUUCUAAAUAUGGCUCAGAUUACUAGGAGCAAAGAAUACAAAAACCAAGAUUCCUACCCAUUUUAUUCAAAGAUGUGGAAAUGAUGAAGAAGCCUAGGCAGGUCUGAGGAACAGUAGAGAAAAACAGGGUAACUGAUGUCUCCAUCAAAAAUGGGGUGUCUCUCAAGUUUAGAAAAUAGAUCUACACCAUAGAACACAACAUGGUUUUGUAGACGUAUCAGUAUUUUAAACUGCACAUUUGCAAUUCUUUUAUAUUAUUGGGUUGGAUCUUAGUCACUUUGCCUAUAGUGAUCAGUAGGGACCUACUGAAUUCAUGGUGGGAAUGGGGUGCAUUGUGGCUCCUUUAAUCUUUCAGGUUCCCCCCUGCUCUCCUCCCCACCCACUGAUUGGUGAAGGGGCCCUGCUAGCGGCUCACUCUUACUCAGCAGGGAGGAGAAAACUGUGGUUUUAAAUGUGGUGCUGUUUUUGCCUCCCACCACUAAUUGGCUGAGGGCCCCCAGAUGGCCCUGCUGUUUGCUGCUGACUGGUGGGGAGGCAAAAACAGCGCCAUAUUUAAAACUGCAGUUUUAGCUUCCCUGCUGACCAGGAAGGAGCAGCAGGGUCCUUCGCUAAUCACUAGCAAGGGGGUGGGGGGCUAGGCAAGAGGCAAGGUGUAUGCAAGGGAACAUGCAAGAUUAAAGGAGCCACCACACACUCUGCUUCUGCUGUGAAUUCAGUAGGUCCCUAGUGAUCAGGCUGCUGCUUUGAAUAAUGCUUAUCAUUGCAAUUCUGUGCUUGUCAUCUCUUUAGUUAACUUUUCAACCAACUGAAAGUACUGUGUUUAGGACAGGCUAGCAAAAGUUAGCUUGAAUCAUUCUGUGAACAUGCAAUGUAGUUAAUCCAAAAUACCUUGUUAGUUACCUAGGUUAGCAAACAUUAAAGCAACUUUUGGGCUUUCUAAACAUUUCCAUUUCCAGCGAGUAAGGAAAGAUUCCAGUGUAUAUUCUAAGUUGUAUUUCACCGUAAAUUAUCUUUUCUAAAUAUAGAUGCAGAUGGAAGUCUAUCCCAGUAAGCCAGCCCUCAAGGAAAUAAAAUUAAACAAAGGUUUGCUAAGCAUUCAAAUUGCCCUCCUAAAUCAGACCCCUGCUUCAUCUAUUCUGUUAUUCUAGCUUUGACUGCCAUGUCAUCCCUAGGAACUGAAGAACUGAGGCAGUCUAAUGUACUGUUUGGAGAGUUUGGGGAAUGAUAGUGUGGGACUGAGUUUCAAGUCUAAGAAAUUAAAAGGUAGAUUUCUCUUCGUUUCUUUACAGCAAGCAUAACUUGUUACAUAUACUACUACACUAUAUGUCAAGAAACAGGUUCUGUUUUGCUAGCUGGAGAUGGGUGCGGUAAGGGCGAGUUAAAAAAUACAGAAACCUGAGUCCCUACACACACACACACACACACACACACACCCACCCACCCUGCAACCUAUUUUCAAAUUCUGACCAACAAAAGAAAAAGUGACGAAGCUUUUGUGAACAGAAACUUCAUGUCUCCCUCAAUCAAAUUCCUGCUUUCCUGUAUGCUGUGCUGUGCAUACUUACCACUGGUCUAAAAAAAUCCAAGAAGCUCUCCCUUGCUUGUUUUUAUAUCUCACGUUAGUGCUUCCUCUCCAACCUGCUCCACAAUUAGGUUCAGCCAUUUCCACUGUUCCUUGUGGAUAUCCAUUGGCCUCUCUCUGACUCGCUUGUCUGAGUUUAGCUUCUUUCCCAGUUUAGUUCACCUGGCUCCACUGCUCUAGGUUCCCUGAGUUGCUGUCUGAUUGACUCAGAACUUGAGUCAGCUCCAGCCCCUAAUUAGUAGAGGGUGUUGUUUUUACCUUUAGGUAGAUGGGAUGGGUGGGUGGGUGAGUCAGGACUUGUCUAUCCUAUGGCAAUAGUGCAUCAUGGCCAGAAUGGGCCCGAGCACAUCCUGCCCAAUUGUACCCUCCCUGCAGGAACACUCCAAACCCUUGAAGUUUGCUAGUGAGAUUGAUCAUAGGCAUCCCUUUCGAGGGUGCUUUCAAGCCCUCAGUUUUUGGCAUGUUUGAGAAAGGCUCCAGCAUUGAUCCUGGAGAGCAACUCCCUUUCCAUGCUCCAGUCUGGGGUUGCCCUUCCACUUCCUUGUGAAUACAGCAAGGCAAAACUUAAUGGACAAAAACUUUUUUUUUUUGCAAGUUGAAGCAACAACAAAACCUUCCCUGAAUUCUAGGUUUGACUGAAUAAUUUGCUUAAAAGGAACACCAAGAAAUACCUCUCUUUUUAAAAUGUUGUCUCUUGACACUUGAAAACUGACAGGUUCUUAUAGUCAUUUGGAUGCAAAACACAAUGUUUCUAACAUUCCUUCAGGUUUAUUUUUAAACAAUUAAAAACUUCUUGAAAGUUGGAAAAAAUCAUCCCUUUGCACCAACAUAAUUUUUCUUUCCAAGUUUUGCAUUGGUAAAAAAUGUCAACUGGAACAAAUUGCUACAUUGUGGAAACUGGCAGAGAAUCAAAAAGGAAAAGUGUUUCUUUUCCUGGCUGUACAUGUGAGGGAGUCUCACAAGAAGUUAAAAGCAGACUUGUUCCCUUUCUGGUAGAAGAAAGGAAGAGGGAGAAAGAAGGGAAGAUGAAAAGACUCCCCUCACACAGCCCCCCAGGUCUUUCACAUACCAGAGACUCCUCAUGGAUCCCCCCGCCCAUCCAAGGGGGAACCUGACCCCCAAUUUCUACCA